AUGCAGAGUUUUCAUUGUUUGAUUACGUAUGAUUAUGAGAAGAAAUUGUACACUGACCAUCUUGAAUCUCUUCAAGUGAUGGAGAAGAAUUAUAUGGCCAUGGCCAGAGAGGUGGAAAAACUUCGUGCAGAGUUGGCUAAUGCGGCUAACCUUGACAGAAGAACUGGUGGGCCUUAUGGUGGCACUACUGGAUAUGAUGAGAAUGAUGCUACUGGGCAUCACCCUGUUGGACAAGGGAAGAGGCCCCUUCCUGCAGGGGGUAGUGGGGGUGGAGCCGCCGCUACCGCCGCUGCUGCUUUUGGCGGUGCUCCUAAUGUUGGAGCUCAAUCUGGACUCUCACCUAACACUGGUUAUGAUGCACAAAGAGCUGCUGGUGGACCUGGUUAUGAUAUACAGCGAGUAGCUGGUGGACCUAGCUAUGAUUCGCAGAGAGGAGCCGGUGGACCUGGAUAUGAUGCACAGAAAGGACCUGGAUAUGAUGUGCAUAGAGGACCCAGUUACGAUAUGCAGAGGGGACCCGGCUACGAUGUGCAGAGGGCACCUGGCUACGAUGCACAGAAGGGACCUGGAUAUGACGUCCAGACGGUACCUGGCUACGAUGCGCAGAGGGGACCCAGCUAUGAUGUACAGAGAGGAUCCAGUUAUGACACCCAUAAACUUACUGGUUAUGAUGGACAGAGAGGACCCGUUUAUGAUGCACAGAGUGGACCUGGAUAUGAGACACAAAGAGGACCAGGUUAUGAUCCACAGAGAGGACCCAAUUAUGAUACCUCAAAGGGAACUGGCUAUGAUGCAUCAUCCAGAGGUGCUGUUGGACCUCAAGGUCAGGUAGCACCUGCAAACAACGCACUUUAUGGAUCUGCAACAAUGCCUACUCUCGCUGGAAGUGGUUAUGAGGCAGCACCACGAGGCGGGAACCCUGUUCGUAGAUGA